GCAAGGCAAUCGAUGAUUUUGUAUGUACACGUAUGCACAUUUCGCGGUCAAUUGUGCGGCAUUUGCGCGUUUCAACGUUCAAUCCGGGAGGGAGGAGAGGUCGGGUAUAUAAGAGGAGGUUAGGAUUCCCGGAACAUUCCCAAACAUUCCUCGCGGGGGGCGGCCGAUUGAUUGUGCGUGGUCAGCGCUGGCGGCUGCUGGCAGCGGGCGACAAUAUGGGGUACAAGAAGAGGUUAGGAUUCGGGACGUUUCUCACCGUGCUGAUCGUGCUGGCGGCGAUCUACUACCGCAACACCGACGACGUUCUGCAAAAACGACUGCUGACCCUGCUGCACGGCCUCGAGAGGCUCGAGAACAAGCACGUCAUCACCAGGAGGCCGAAAGUCGCCAUAGGUUAUGGCGUGUGCACCGACGUCUUCAUCGACGCGAAGCACCUGCUGAAAUACUCGGACGAGAUCGGCCGACCGCAGCACUUCGACGAGAUCAACACCGAGCUUGAACUGCUCAAGAGCUUCGCCUAUUAUUUUCGCCAUGGAGCCGCGGCCGAACGCUACAUGGCAAACAGAACUCUGUUCGACGAAUUGGUGUCGAAAGCACGCUCGUUUCCCUCAUCCUACUCGACGAUCGGGGGAAAUGCAGCAGUUAUGGCGAUGCGAUUCGCGCGAGAGGGAUGCGACGUGACUCUCGCGGCUAAGAUGACCAGAUCCUUACAUCAGAUGAUCCCGCAGGUGAUAAAUAUAGUUGGUGGCGAGGUGAAACGUGACGACAUUCAUCUCAUCAUGGAAUAUAAGCACGGUGAAGUGUGGGGCCCUUAUUCCAGUGCGAGAGCAAACAGAUACAUCGUUCAUAACGACGUGAAUAAUCCAAUGAUUAGCUCAUUCAGCGCCUUUGACAAAGUCCUGGGGACGUACGAUCCCGAUUUGUUGGUAGUCAGCGGUCUCCAGAUGAUGGACAAUUAUCCAUUUCGGGAAGACAAACGCAAGAAUCUCUUAAUAAACGUAAAGAAACAGAUGGUGGAACGUCCGAGCUCAACCAGAAUUCAUUUCGAGAUGGCCUCAUUCGCCGAGGAUAAAUUGCUCUUCGAGCUGUGCGACCUGGUGGUUCCCUUCGCCGACAGUCUGGGGAUGAACGAGCAAGAAAUAGCGAAUCUGUAUAAUACUAUGUAUUACGGCAAUAUCUCGUUGGUGGCCAACUCGACACCGCGCGUCGCAACGGUGUUGGAUCAGAUGAGAACGUUGUUUAAACUUAUACGCCUGAGAGGCAAGUCGAUCGCGAAUUCUAGAGAGCUCACGAGAAUUCACGUGCACACGCUGGCGUAUCAAGCCAUAUUCACCGUCAAGGAUUCCGUUUGGAAGAACACUAUGGCCGCCGCGGCCAAAGCAUCGCUGACUGCACAUAGGCACGUGUGCGCAUCGAGUAACGUCGAUGUGAAAAAAGCGACACUGAUCAUGGACGAUAGUUUCUCGACGUCUAGCGUAGCCGGUACUCGAAUAGCAUUGAACAUCGACAAACCGGUAUCCUGCUGGGACGAGACAUUGAAGGUGGAGCAGGACGAGAUUUCUGUUCAGGUGUGCGUCGCUCCCGUGUUGGUUUGCACGCAAGCUAGUCAGACGGCAGGUGGUGGAGACAACAUUUCCAGCGCAGGCCUAGUACUUCAGAUCUAAGGUUUAUCGAUACGACGGGAUCGUUUUUACUACACCGGCGUGUUCGCAUCAUCGAAUUAUAUGUAUAUCUCCCAUCCAUUGCAUAUACGUAGACGACGAACAGAAAAGUAGGCCUUUAAAAAUGUUUUUGUAGCACGUGAGAGAAUCUACAUUGGUUUUUACAUUCCAUUUUGACUGCAAGAAAAAUAGAGACUGGACACAUAGGACUAAUUAUCGCAUCGCUAAACUAUAAUAUAAAGCACGAUUUAAUUUUUUUGUGCACUCACGAGUGCGUUUUAUCGAAUUGUGACGCUCUGCCUAAUCUACGAUUAUCGAAUAUCGAUAGUAAUUUGGUACUAGUUAAUGUUUGCGAACAUUGCGUCGUUAUUCUCGCAUUUGUAAAUUAAUUUUAAUCGAAAGGAGUUCAUUCCGAUAUUAUAUUACGUAAGCUAAUCAACUACUGCGGUAGAUUAAGCGUUUUUACAAGAACACAAUUAACGAAAUCGAAAAUCGUGAAUUUCCUGAGUACCGAAAAGUAAAAAAAAAUGGAUGUUUAAGAAUUAAUUGAAUAGUGCCAUGUGACCCUAUAUUUCAAUAGCGAUAGUUUUCAACAAUUUCGCAAUAGAAAGAUAUUUCUAGUUAUAUUAACUUUGAAAAAUAGAGGCAAUGUGAUAUUAUCUUUAGGAAUCGAUCGUAAGAUUAAACUUAAAGAAGCAGAAAGAUUGAAAAGACAAGAGUGGUUCUUUAAAAAAAGAGAAAGAAUUAUUUAAUCUCGGGAAAUAUCGCAAUGUAAAUGUCUCAAACGUUACGAUCUUACAUUCCAACGUUCAAGUCUGUUAUCUUUACAUAUAAAUUGACGCGAACAUUUCUUCUACAUUUGAAAGUGUAUUGUACAUAUACAACGUAAGCUUGAAAGUUGCGGAUUUGCAAUAUCGAAGAUAUACAAUAUCAAUGUUGAUACACAA